AUGCUUCGUUUUCUUAUAUUAAUUGCAAAUAUAUUAAUUUGCAUAUGUUUUUUAAAUACUAAAUAUCAAAUACAGUUAGACUACAGUAUACCUAGUGCAUUAAUAAAUUAUGAUAAAUCAUUAAAAUAUACUAACGUUACAAUAGGAAAAGAUUCUUUUCUUUGUAUAUUAAACAAAAAAGAUGAUAAUUAUGUAGAUUAUUGUGAGAAAUAUGAUUUAUUUAAAAAUAUAGAUAAUAAUGACAUUAAUAAUUACGUUGAAGAAAAAUUAAAUAAAAAUUAUCUCUUAAAUUAUGUAGACAAAAUUAAUUACAAAUUAUCCUUAAGUGAUGAAAACUCAAAAAAUAAUGAAAUUAAAAGAAAUUAUUAUAAAAAAGAUGAAAAAAAUAUUAUCCAUAAAAAAAAGAGAAACGUAAACAGGAAAAUAAAAAAAAUUGCAAAAAAUGAAAAUAAAGAAUCUGAUUUGUAUGAAAAUGGUAGAAGUAAUGAAAAUGAAGAAUUAAAUAAUAUUUUCAAUUGUAAUUUUAAAAAAAUAUAUGAUUAUAUUUUUUAUAAACGUAAAUUUAAUGCAUAUCAUAAAAAUAGAAUAUAUGAUAAAAUUAACGAUCAAGUCACACUAAAAAAUCAUAUUAUAAAAGGAAAAAUGCUAACCUUAAGUGAUAUGUGUAUUGAUGUAUUUUCUAAUGGUGAUAUAUUAAAAAUAUGUUUAAAUAAAUCAAUAACUUUUAUCACAAAUAGGUAUUCUAAUUAUCACAAAAAACAUGUAUCUAUAUCUAAUUAUCUAAAUGGAAAAGAUUUAUUAUUUACAAAUAAUACUGUUGUACAAUAUUAUAGUGAUGGAAAAUAUUUCUUCGAAGUAUUAUUUCUAUGUGGUAAUAACAAUUUAAGAAUUAAUAGUUUUGAAAGGUUAUAUAAUAUAUACUAUCCUUUAAUUUUUGAAAUAUAUGAGCGUUUAAAUAUGAAUUUAACGAGAUUUCAUAAUAUUAUAAUUAAAAAAUUAAAAUAUAAUAAUAUUCAUUUUUUCAAAACAUUUUCUUUGUAUACUUAUAGUGAUAGUUAUUAUAAUUCAUUAAAAGAUAAAUUAAAUGAAAUCUUAAAUUCUUAUUAUACAAAUGUAAAUUAUUUAUACCGAAUUACUUUAAGUGCAUAUAUGUUUUGUGAUUAUACAGAUCAAACAAAUCCUCCAAAUCAUUAUCUAUUAAAAAACUUAAUGAAUAAAUGCUAUAAUUUUAGUAAAAAUGAUGAAUAUAUAUACGAAAUUUGCUUACCAUACAGUGUUAUUAAAUAUAAAAAAGAUAGCUAUGGAAAAGCAAAAUAUCCCAUUGUUUUAUUGGGUUCUUCAUAUGUUUCUGUUAAUGAGGGAAAACCAUUUUAUGAAAAAACAUAUGAUUCUUUUCCUGUUUUAAAAAGUGAUUAUAUAAAGAAAAAAGAUACUGAAAAUUAUUUUAAAGUAAAAAAUAAAUUUACAAAUCCUAAUUCUUUAUUUACAUCACUUUCAUCUUCUGCAGUUAACUCUGUUUCGAAUUCCAAGUACACUCCUCUUUCUACUUUUGGUUAUACUAGUACUUUCACAUCUGAUUAUUCACCUUCCUCUACUUCAUUUUCCUCUUCUAAUCCUUCAAAUUUUCAUAAUUCUUAUCCUCCUUUCUUUUAUACUUAUCUAUUAUCAUACUCUCCACUGGAUUCAAAUAGUAUUCCAUAUGUAAGUUCAUAUAUUAUUGAUAAACCAAUGGAAAUAUUAAAGUAUGGAAAUGAAAAUUUUUAUAAAGCUUUAGCAAUUGAUUUAAAAGGAGAAAAAUGUAAAGACUCUUUAGAUGAAGUUUAUGAUUACAUAACAACAAUUUACUUUGAUUGCUCACUACAUUUUAAAAACGAAGUUCAAACAAAAAUUAUCAAUGUAUUUCAGUCAACUGAAUGUCAUUAUUAUGUUCAUAUAUCUUCUCCUUUUAUGUGUGCACAUCCAACCCUACACACUGCAGUACCAUCAAAAAACGAAGUUAUCAAAUGUUUCAAAAACGUUUAUGCAGCUAGUUCCCAGUUGCAAAACAAUUCCCAAAAUAAGUAUGAAUAUGAAAAUAUAUAUAAAAAUAAUAUAGAAGAAAUAAGAAAAUAUGAAAAUUUUAUUGAGAAUAGCAAUUCAGAUAAUACCUUUACAAAUGAGAAUGUUUUAAGAGAUAAUUAUAUUAGUAAUGAAGAUAAAUUUCAUUUGUAUGAAUUUAAUGCAUUAAAAUAUAAAAUCUUUAAAAAUAAAGAUUUGGUUUAUUUAGAAGCUUUACCAAAAGAAAAAAAAAUAGAAUUCGGUCAAAAACAUGAUUUUGGUUUAGGAAAUUAUUUAAGAAAAAGAGUUUAUAAAAGUAGUCCAUUAUUUCAUAUUGGAAAUGUUGUUAAGCAUAAAUAUUGGAAUUAUCAUGCUACUGUGGUUAGUUGGGAUUUUGUGUGUUAUGCACCUAAUGAGUGGAAAAAAAAUAUUUAUUCUGAAUAUCCAGCUGAAUUUAAAAAUACUGUUCAUUAUCUUCUUUUAAUAAAUAAAAAAAAAGAUAAAAAUUAUGAACAAAAUUACAUGACCCAUUCAAAAAAAAAUUAUUUCAAUAAAAAUUUCAUAAAAAAUGGUAUUAACAAAAAGACAUUUGAUUUUAUUAAUUCAAACGAAAUAUAUGAUGAGAAUUUUCAUUUUGCUUAUGUGCCAGAAUCAAGUUUAGUUUAUAGUGAUAAAAUGAUAUAUAGUGAAUAUUUGUCACAAUUUUUUGAAAAAUAUAAUGACUUUUUUCAUUUUUAUAUUCCUAAAAAAAAUCAUAUUUUAUGGAAACUUUUUCCUUAUGACUUCUUCAAUUUAGUUUAUUGA